AUGGCCUCGGACGAUGGUAGAGGAGACGCAGGGGGGGCAGAAGGAGCUGAGAAUGGCAACCACUUGCUGCUGCAGUCGCUGGAGACGGAGGUGUUGUCGUUGCGAAAAUCCCGAGACGAACAGGAGGAAACAACGGCCAGCCUGUUGGCGGAGCUGCAGCGGAGGUGCGACAAGGUCAUCGAGCUAGAGGUCAACCUCGAUCAGGAAAGGGCGCGCGCGGACCGGCUCGCGCGAGAGAGGACGGAGGAGGAGGAGGCCCUCUCCGGAGAGCUGCGAGACAUCAUGGCCACGGUCACCGUCGGCUCUGACGUGUCCGAUACCCCCGCCGCCGCCGCCGCCGCUGCUCCUGCAAGCCCCGCCGCUGGCAACGAUCUCCCGUUCGAUUCCGAGUCGAUCGAGCGGCAGCAAGCAGCGGACAAGACAGCAGUGGGCAGAGAGCCAGGACAAGCACCACCGGAGGACGGCGGCGGCGGCGGCGGCGGUGCGAUCGCGUCGGCGUCAGGGAUUUUCUCCGAGUGGCGGUUAGGUCGCGUGCGAGGAGGCCGAGCCACCGACGAUGACCGCAACGGGAAUAACGCCGGCACAGGCGGCGGAAAACCCGGGCCGGCCAGCGAAACGAAGGCUACAGAGGACCAAGAGAACCAGAAAAACUCCGCGGACGGGCCCGGGGGUGAUGGUCAAAAGGGCAGCAGCAACGGCGGCGGCGGCGGCGCUAGGGAACAGGCGGCGGGAGCGCUAAGAGCGCGCGUGGUGGAGCUGGAGUUGCAGAGAGCGGAGGCGGCCGACGAGAUGAGGGAGAAGACGGACCGGUCCAUCCGGCUGGAGGUGCAGGUGGAACAGUUGAAGAACAUUGUCCAGUCUCUCAGCCACGCCUCGUCACGAGAGGAAACCCAAGGAUGGGGGCAAGGUUCUGCCACAACCACGAGGAUCCAGGGGACGGUAGACUUGGAUCCCCUCCUGCGGGACGUUCCUGGUGUGAAUCCCUCCGUGCUGCUGCUGCUCCACCGGACACCUUGGGCGGAUGUUGUCCUUGAGGGUAUUCGGAAGGAGGAGGCCUGUUUCGAGUGGCAGGGAAAAGACAGGUAG